GACUCAAUUACCAUUACACGCUUUGUCCUCUUUCAUGUGAUUUCUCGUUCUGCAGUGGCAUGCCUGCCGACAAUUUUAAGUCUUUUCAGGGGCUUAAUAGUAAUAUAUAUGCGGGAGAGAAAUCAGAACAACUCUUGUCUCGCGUUAUUCAAACCCUAGUUUGAAUUCACCUUAUAUGUCCAUUCUUUCCUGCGCUGCUUGCACAAAGGGUGAUUUGGUAAUCUCAUACCUCGUGACCGUUCUGCAUACAACUUUGGGUUUUACUUUAUUAAUGAAAUGCAAGAGUGUGUGAAUUUGAAAAUCUCACUCUGAUUUUCCUGUUUUUCCUUUUCUCAGGCUCAUUCUUCUUAUUAACUAGUAGAUCUCUCUUUUGUUUAACAUCUCAUUCUUCUUCUUCUUCAUCUUCUUUAUUUUAUUCUGUGUUUUCUGCUAUCUCGCGUCUCUGACCAGCUCCCGAGUUGUUCGUUUCUGGUUAAUGGAUAUUGAACCCUCUUGGGAUCUUGGGGGGUGGGUUAUUUAUUUUUCUAAAUUGCAUGGCAACAUCAAAUGACCAAACCAAAACUAUAUCAUCACAUUCUCAUACUCUUCUUCUUUUAAUCAUAUUCUUAUCUUUCAUUCUCUUCAUCAACCUUGCAAUCCCCGUGACUCAUCAUCGGUCCACAUCUAUGGUUGCUCCCUUCAAGAGGGUUCUUCUCGAACCUUCUGUUCCAGCUUCAUCAACAAUGGAUCUGCAUCCAAAGGCUCGCACACGUCGCAGCCAUACUUCUAGAAGGAGAGAGUUUGCAAAUGAUGCUCAUAAAGUUCCUAGUGGUCCAAACCCUAUUUCUAACUAGGUGAGUUGGAGUAUCUGGUUUUACAGUGAGUUUGAAGGAUAAGUGUUAUAGAUCUAUAUAAACAUAUGGGUGAAGCUUCUCAUCGAUGGAGAUUGGAGAAGAACUUAACUGUUAUGAAUUUAGAAUAUAUCUAUGGAUCAUUUUGGUACCGUCAUUUCCUUCUUAAAUCUUUUGUCCAUUAUAUUGCUUUGGUGCCAUGUUUUAAGUUUUGAUUAGAGUUGUAAAGAAGAGAUACUAUUAUUCGUUAAUCGUUUACAUGUGUAUGUAGCCACCUAUGUUUUUGUUGGAACCCAAUUUUUAUAAGCUUUUGAGCUGAGUAAGAAAUUGGAUAAGUGUGAAUAGAAUUUUUAUAAGCUUAAA